GGCAAAACGGAGCAUUAAUUUCGGGGUCGAACCGAUGACGGACAUGCAACUCCUUCAUCUUCACUACACGGACCUGAAUGUCUUAUGCAAGAUGCAUGACAUCAGGUACAAGAACAAGCCGCAAGUGAUCUUGGCAUUGAGGCAAGUUCCUGGAUUGAUCGCCUACAAGGGGCGGGAUUUCAACCGGGAUUCUGAUCUUGAAACACAGAUCAUGCCAGAUCCAGAUAACAUCAAAGUGUCCAAUACAAUUGGCGGCGACACAAGUGAGGAUGAUUAUGAGAGUCUUAGUACAAGAUCAAGCGGGAGUGAUGAGUAUGACUCAUCUGACACAUCUUCGAGCGCCGAAGAUCUGUCGGGAAGAUCGACGGGAGCGACACGACGAGGCAACGAAUUCAUCAGGCAGGGCGUGCAUAUCGACGGGAGUGGAGAUGACAACCGGCUCUGUCAUUGUGGGGUGGUAUUCGGGGAGGGUGUGUGUGCGCGGUAGCAGCGUGCGGAUGGAUGGUUGGGAAGGAAAGCGUUAUUAGAUUAGAUUAGAUGGGUGCUCCGUUAGUGCGUGCAUGGGUGGCGACCAGAUUAGAUGGGUGCUCCGUUAGUACGUGCAUGGGUGGCGACCAUUCGCGGUGUGGUCUCGCGCACGGCGGUCAGUGAGCGGUGGUAUUUGUGCGACAGUGGUGACUUUGUCUCCACGAACGGUAUCCGCGGUUGGCGGCGACGCUGUGUUCUUUUCUCUCUCCCUCCCCGUCUCUCUCUCUCACUCUGGUGCACACGUACAGCGAAUGAUCGAGAUGGAGCACACAGUCACACGGGCACAGAGGAGGGUACUCUGCCAGCUCAGACGCACAGCGAGCGAUCGACAUGGAGAACCGUGCACACGCACUGCCAGCGCACACAGAGCGAACGAUGAGAAAGAGCAGGAAGAAGGAGGCGACCGACCAAGAUGGAGGGAAAGGCAACAAAGAGGAGCAAGGAGCAGAAAGAGGAAGAGGGGAGCGGACGCGACGAUAGGAGGAAGGGGGAGAAAGAGGACGAAGAGGGAGGGCGACGCAACGAUUUCGAGGAGAAAUAGGAGGAAGAGGGAGGCGGAGACGACGAAAGGAGGGAGGAGGAGAAAGAGUAGGAAGAGGUAGGAAGCGUGACGGAGGAGGAAGGGACGAUGACCGAGUAUCGAGGUGGAAGGACGGUGCAGGGAGGCUCGACGGAGAGGAACAUCGCUAGAGUGUCUACAGGUGCGAUCUCUAUGCAUGCGGACUUGACACGUGGCAUUUGACAGACAUGCGGAAAAAGCGCACAGGGCGCGCAUGUGCAUCGCCCACGUGCUCGUGCCGAUCCGCUCCCUGCGACGGCGUCCCUGCUGCGGACUUAAAGAAUCACUGGCAGCGACUUCAGUCACACGCGGGAAUACAUAUACAUCUGCCCAACAAACAGAACAAUGAAGA